CUUUGCAAAGAUCUUUAUAUGUGUAUCGAAAGUUUAAAACAUGAUCUUAAAGAAAAAAAAAACAGCUUAAAAAAGUUUAAACGAAAUGCAAACUAUCAGCAAAAGUAUACAGAGGGUGAUCACGG